ACAGCCAAGCAAUGACGUGAAAUUCUGCUCUGUCAGAAGACAGCAUCUGUCAAAAGCCCACAUUUAAACUGCUGCCUGCCCGUGCAGCAGCUGAGGAACUACGGAUUGGAUUUUUCAGAACAAAACCUUCAGCUAAAUCCCUUUUCUUCCUCACAUCUUUCAACUCAUCCUUUUUGGUUACUGCCUAGCAACAAUGAAGAAAGUGGGCUAAAUCUUAUUAUCAAAUGCCAGAGAAUAGCUCCUGAUUCUAGCUCUUGCUGCUUUGCCUCUCAUCGCCACUAGAAAUAUGGAUACUGAAGAGAGAACACAGCACUGCAUUGUCCAAGAAGGGAACCACCAACUGUAAAAGCUUCAAUGCAUCUAUUGUCAGCAGCAGUCAAUGUCUGUGAGAAUGGAAACUAGAAGUGCCGCUUCCGUCUCUUGAGAGAUGACCGCAGAAAAAUCAAGAGAAGUACGCUGGUGAUCAGGGAAGGUAGCGGAGCAGGAAGCAUACAGAUGGACACAGUGGAUGCCUUGAAAAGCAGUCUCAAGCAGCAGGCUGUUGGGGGGAGGGAGAUGAAAGCAUGGCUGAUAGCAUCUUUUUGGCUAAAGGGAUGGUGUGCCAAAACUACUUGCAGUGGGCAUAAUCCUUUCAUGCUACAAAUGGCCUGAACAAGGAAGAGCUCACCAUUCACUAGCCAUCUGCCUAUAAAAGACGCAAGAUGAAUUCCAUGAAAUAGCAGUGGAUUCCAAACAAAGAAAGCACUUCCUUCAAUCAUUCUCAUAUCCAUUAUCGGAUACUUACAACAUGCUUCAGUGGAGAAGGCGGCAUUGUUGCUUUGCCAAGAUGACCUGGAAUACCAAACGGUCCCUCUUUCGCACUCACUUCAUUGGUCUACUCUCUCUUGUGUUCCUUUUUGCUAUAUUUCUGUUUUUUAAUCACCAUGAUUGGCUGCCUGGGAGAGUUGGAUACAAAGAAAACCCUGUGGCUUAUACUACACGGGGAUUUAGAUCAACAAAAAGUGAAACAAACCACAGCUCUUUAAGGACCAUUUGGAAAGAUGCAGUUCCUCAAACCCUGAGGCCACAGAUGAUAACUAAUUCCAAUGAUACAGGAUUGUCGCCUCAAGGAGUUACUGGUUUAGAGAACACGCUCAGUGCCAAUGGGAGUAUAUACAAUGCAAAAGGAACUGGUCAUCCAGCUUCGUAUCAUUUUAAGUACAUCAUCAAUGAGCCUGAAAAAUGCCAGGGGUCAAGUCCAUUCCUAAUACUUCUUAUAGCUGCAGAACCAGGUCAAGUGGAACCUCGGCAAGCUAUCAGACAAACCUGGGGGAAUGAAAGCCUGGCACCUGGGAUUCAAAUAGUUCGGAUUUUUUUGCUGGGUUUAAGUAUUAAAUUAAAUGGAUACCUUCAGCAAGCCAUCCUAGAAGAAAGCAGACAAUACCAUGAUAUUAUCCAACAAGAAUAUUUGGAUACUUACUACAACUUAACAAUUAAAACACUUAUGGGGAUGAACUGGGUGGCAACCUACUGUCCAAACGUUCCCUAUGUUAUGAAAACUGACAGUGACAUGUUUGUAAAUACAGAAUAUUUAAUACAUAAGCUUUUGAGGCCAGAGCUGCCUCCCCGGCAAAAAUACUUUACUGGCUAUCUAAUGAGGGGGUAUGCACCUAAUCGGAACAAAGACAGUAAGUGGUACAUGCCACCUGAUCUGUAUCCAAGCGAACGCUACCCUGUAUUUUGUUCUGGGACUGGCUAUGUGUUUUCUGGAGAUUUAGCAGAAAAAAUUUUUAAGGUUUCAUUGAGUAUCAGACGAUUGCAUUUAGAAGAUGUAUAUGUAGGCAUCUGUCUUGCCAAACUGAGAAUUGACCCAAUGCCCCCACCCAAUGAGUUUGUCUUCAAUCACUGGCGGGUUUCUUAUUCCAGCUGUAAAUAUAGUCAUCUAAUUACCUCCCAUCAGUUCCAGCCUAGCGAACUGAUCAAAUACUGGAACCACUUACAACAGAAUAAGCACAAUGCCUGUGCCAACACAGCAAAAGAAAAAGCGGGAAAAUAUCGUCAUCGUAAACUGCACUAGAAGGGACUUUUCUAAAAAUACUGCAAAGUGUAAAAAGAAAAAUACA